AUGAUAUCAGAUGCAAGCUUAGCGGGUUCCAAGCCUAAAGAGACACCAAUGGAGCAAAACUUGAAGCUGACAAGCACUGAAUUUGAUAUUUGCACAGACACAAAUAAAGGAGAUGAGUUACUGGAAGAUAGGGGGAGUUAUCAAAGGCUCAUAGGGAAGCUUUUGUAUCUAACAAUAACAAGGCCAGGCAUCUCAUAUGCAGUACAAUCACUAAGGCAGUUUAUGCAUGCACCUAAGAAAUCUCACUAUGAAGCAGCACUUCAUGUGGUAAGGUACAUCAAGAAGCAACCAGGGCUGGGGCUGUUGAUGUCAAGUGAUAGCAAUGAAGAAAUAGAAGCAUUCUGUGACUUAGACUGGGCAUCAUGUCCUAUGUCAAGAAAGUAUGUUACUGGAUACUGUGCUAAGCCUGGAACUUCAACCAUAUCCUGGAAAGCUAAGAAACAACAUAUUGUAUCUAAAAGCUCAGCUGAAGCUGAGUACAGGAGCAUGGCACACACUGUAAACCGGCAAGCAACAGCUGUCCCGGCAGGAGCAUUUCCGCUCCAGUGCCCACAGCCACAUCAGACCUGA